ACGUACUGUUUGCCCGAAGAUUGGCUGGAUCGCCCAUAAAAUCUGAGAUCGCGUUCUUGGCACCCAGGGGCCGACUACGGUUUAGACUCGGCCGGGGAAAAGCUGCCAACAGCGGCUAUCGGCCCUGCCCCAGUCCCUUUGCGGCCCCGCCUCCACCCCAGUACUGUACCACCCGGUCCCCACCCUUGGACUUUGCUCUGACCGCCGCCGCUUCCCACUUGUCGGCCUGCGCCAUGGAUUUGAGCAACUGGCAGAAGGUGCUCGGAGUGACGGGCCUCGGAGUGGGCUUGGUUGUAGCAGUGGGUCUGGGGAAGAGGUUCUUUUCUCAGUGUCAUGUAAGAUCUUUAAAGAGUCACGGAGGUGCCAAAGAAGAUCCUUUGAUGAAAUACCUCCUACAGAAUUCCCUGCGGGAACACCCUGUGCUGCAGAAGCUGAAGCAGCGGACUCUCGAGGAUCAGGGUUAUUUAAUGAUGGUGUCGUGUGAGGAAGCUCAGCUACUGGCAAACCUGGCCACGCUCAUCAAAGCCAAGAAGGUCAUCGAAGUAGGAGUCUACACUGGAUACAACAUGCUGAACAUGGCCCUGAGGCUGCCAGCUGAUGGUGUGGUUGUUGCCUGCGACAUCAACAUGGACUUUGUCAACAUUGGGAAACCAUUUUGGAGAGAGGCUGGAGUGGAACAUAAAAUUGACCUUCGCAUUAAACCGGCUUCUGAGACACUUGAUGAGCUCCUCCAGGCUGGUGAGGCCGAGACCUACGACUUUGCCUUCAUAGACGCCGACAAGGUGAAUUAUUGCUUAUAUUAUGAGAAAUGUCUACAACUUAUCCGCAAAGGAGGAAUAAUCGCAAUUGACAAUGUUCUUUGGGGGGGCCGUGUUCUGAGCCCAGGAAAUGAUGCAGACACACUCAGCAUUGACAAAUUGAACAAGAUGAUCUCCAGGGACAGUCGGGUGAACAUCAGCAUGCUUGCCAUUGGUGAUGGAGUCACCCUGGCCUUCAAGCUGUAGUGGUUCCACCUUCCACCGGGCUGAGACAGUUCAAACACUGCAGAGUCCCAGCAAUGGGCCACUUGGACCAUUACCUGAAACCUUUCUGCACUUUUGAUUUUGAUUUCCCCUGUAACCUGCUGCCUGACUCAGUGAUUCACCCCACUCACAGUGACAGACCAUCUCCUUCACAGAAGUGUUCGCUAGAACCAAACAAGCAAAGACUGAAAAAUGGAGUAAAUUCUUCAAAUUACAAACACAGGAGACUGGAGAUACUGACAUUGAAAACACAUACACAAUCUGCUGGAGGAACUCUGGGCUGAGCAGUGUCUAUGGAGAGAAAAUGUUUGUUAAUCCAGAUUCCAGCAUCUGCAGCCUCAUCUGUCUUCUUUCUUUGGUCAGUCUGUACUCUGUCCAUACCCAGAAGGAAAAUCAACAUGGAGGAAAGUAAGAGGCUUACUGGAGUUCAGAAAUGUGAUUUCAGCACACAUUGGCAAAAGUCCCAGUGCAUGGCACCUGCCUGUGGCAUACGGUGCUGUGUGUAACACACACUUGAACACAGCCACGUGACACACGGGUCCAGGCCCUGCACUGAAGGAUGUGCCCUGGCACAAUACCCAUCAGGAUUACUCCACGGGCUCCAUGUGGGUCCUGCUCCCCCUCACACUGUCUCACCAAGCCUCCGAUCACCUCCAGCCUCAAUACAACCUGCUCCAAGCCUCCCCUGCCAUCCACUAUCACCGGCUGAACAUUGUAGAUAACUGACAUUGCAGAAAGAUGUCCUUGCCUUAAAUGAUGUCAAAAGAUGGUGGGAAGAUUGGGGGCUUCUUGGAGCAAGUAACUGGGGGCAAAUGCCUGCCUGGCAGCCCCUAUGAAGCAUAACUGGAGCAAUUUUUUUCACCAAAUGUAGCUUUUAGAUUGAAUUCUUUGACUUCUGGAUUAAAGCUUUACUCAGUUUUGUGGAGAGAUACUUGGGGUAAUACCAGCAAUCGAUACAGCUGCUCUGUCAUAAAUCACUAAAUCUCUGUCGCAUUGAAGUUAAUUUUAUUUGCAAAUGAAAAGACAAAUCAAAUCAAGAAAGCUUUUGAAGAAGAUAUUAAAUGAAGCCAUAAAAAGGGUUUAUUACCAAAGUGACCCUUUUCAUUAUUUACUCUGCCGAAGUGAGAUCUUGUUGAGUGCAGAGCUUCAGUUAACAAACAAUUUCUGUAAAUGUUGUUAUUGAUGUUUUCUGUAUCACUAAUAAACAAUAUUAAACUUCCCUAAGGGAGAGGAUUAAUAAUCUCAUGGAAAGACAGGCACUGAUUAGAGGCAAUGUGGCCUUCUCAGAGCCAGAUUCUGUCUGUCUGAGUGAAUUUGAUGAAGUAGUAACAUAGGUCAUGAGGGUCAGGAGUAGAUGUGUUUACAAGGACGUUGCUAAGUCCUUUGCCAAACCCUACAUGGGACACUGGUUCAAAAUGCUGGGGUCCAUGGAAUCCAGGGCAAGUUGGUGUGGAAGACACAGGGUGAUGGUGGAGUUUUGGUUUUGCCGGUGUCUGAUGUUGGUCAGUGCUGGAGUGAUCAGAUGCUUAUCCAGACACAGAGUGCGGGGCAGUGGGGUUAAUACAGAGGGGUAGUCCCUGGUGGUCUGAAUGAUUUGGGCUGAAUGGCCUGUUUCCAUGUACACGAUCGGCAACACAGGUAGGAUUCCUGGAGUCACCAUGAAAGGUGGCAUUUCAUCCUGGUGAGAAUGCACCAGCCAUUAACAUUUACACCAACCUACACAAAUUCCAUCAGCACACCCCUCCUGCCUUUCCCCUACACCCUAGGGGUAGUUUACAGUAGAGAGUUAACUAACCAAUCUGCACUGCAUUGGGAUGUGAGAGGACACUGGCAGACCGGAGGGCAGGACCUUGGGUGGGCUGAUCUGCAUCAGGGCUGCUUUACACAGCCUCCACACUUCUCAACUGCCCCUCCAUGCUUGAACGCACUUUCAUUUCAAGCUCUUCAUCCUAAUAAAUGCUGUUAAACCAUAAGGGCCCUGGUUUCUCGUUGGCUCACACCCAAUUCCUACACUGCCAACUAUUCAGUGUAUACCCAGAUCCCUUCCAGGCAGAGGGCAGAACUGUGUUAGCAAUGGGGUCAUUUACUUAUCCUGAGGCAGACAAAUGAGGCUGUCUAAUUGGAUCUUAGCUUGCCAGAAAAUAGAAUAAAAUUCUACCUAUUUCGGAGGAGCUUCCAGGAUCUCCCAGUGGCCUUGUACUUUGCUCUGCAAUAUUAAUCAUUGUGGCGUUUAAUACAGGUUCUUGAAAUUAGCUAUUUGCUGAUGUCUCAGUAGAAUCCUGAGAAUAUAAAGAAACCCCUUGUUUUCAGGGAGAAACAGCCCAGAUUCACACUGCAAUUAUCUCAUGAAAAAGAAAAUAUUAAACAUCUGCACUAAUUUCCUUACAGCCAGGAGAUGGAAUUCUAAACUGGAUUCUGUUUGCUGCUGUAUUGUCCCUUCUGUAUGCCUCUGGGUUCAUAAACAUAGGAGAUUCUGCAGAUGCUGGAAAUUCUGAGUAACACACAUACAAUAUACUGGGGGAACUCAGCAGGUCAAGCACCAUCUAUGGAGAGCAAUAGCAGUUAACAUUUUGGGCCAAGACCCUUCAUCGUGAAUCCCGAUGAAGGGUCUAAACCUGAAACGC